UGCAAACAGGGAGAGCAUCAGCUGCUGUGCUUGUAAAUCGUCUGUCAAAAUAUUCAGUAAAGUCGCAAUCGCUUUGAUCUUAAGAAUGACUUGUCGCAGUUACCUGGCGGACCCUGAUUUCGAAAUUCGUGUGCCCUGGCGAAGGACUGUUAAAUCACCUGUGGAAAGGACUACAUAAACUAGGUUGAACUAAACUCGCAUAAUGACCUCCCACGCCCACUGCUCAACAUGCAUUAAGAUCAACUGUACUACAAAACCAGAUGACAUAUCAUCAUGCAGUCUUAUGUACUGCUCACUGGACUGCGGCUUUAGGUUUCAUUCAUGCAAACAGGGAGAGCAUCAGUUGCUGUGCUUGAAAGAGAACGUCUCCUGUAUCAACUCUAUCUAUGGAUGUCCAAUCAGACUACCUCGAUGGAAGAUCCUAUCACAUUUGACUGUUUGUCCAGCCAGUGUUGUCCUAUGUAGUCGAGAAUGGAAUCGCUGGCCAAUGCAUUCUAAAGAAGAAGGUUGGAAAGCAAUUCUACCCUUCAAGCACCCGCAUGUAAAAUGCGCUCAGUUUGAUGUUGCUCUAGCUCUAUGGGAUCAGAAAAUAUUAAUGGAUUCAUUUAGGACACCGAAGAAGACAAGGAGAAUUCUGCGAAAUUGCUUGACACAGUGCUAUCCAGCAGUGCCCAUACAAUCUUACUCAAGCCUUCUCGAAAGCCCAGGCUCUGAUACCUCUCAGUUGUCGGAGGAUGAGUCAGAGACACCUUGGGAUCUCAACCAGUCACCCCCAGGCCUUCAGAAAACCAUUCUGAAUCAGCUCUCUGUCUGUGAAGGGAAAACAAGCCUGUAUGCUGCCACGAGACAGGCUUCAGAAAGUCUUACCAGUGCUUUAGAUUAUGUAACUGGAAAGCAGGGAUUGAAAAGACUGGCAGAGGCUGUUCAGUCUCAGAAGGAACUUUUUCAUGUUUCAGAAAUUGACAUUAAAGAAGUUAGUAGUGGAAUGAAGUCUGUUACUAUAACAAAGCAAAAUGAUGCUAAUAAUUCAAAUGUCAAUGUUCCUACGGCAAUGUCUAGUUUGGAAUACCAAGAAAAACUUCUCGACAUUUAUUACACGGAUAAGAAAUUAUUUGAAAUACUUGGUUUAGAUUUAGCCAUUAAUUUCAUUUCUUCGUAUCAAGCAAAGCCCCUCAAGAUGUACACAUUUCUCUGCGGCAGAGAAUUUCGUCGUGAUGAAUAUCCCUGGCAUGUGAAGAACUUCCACGCUGAGAUCCAGUGCACACUGAAUCAUUGGUUUGAACAGCGCUGCCCUUUGGCCUAUCAGGGAUGCACAUUUGCUUUCCAGAGGUUCAAACCUAAGAUCCCAGAUGGACAUAUAGUGCAUAGUCCCAUACUGCAAAGUUUUGGUUUCCGACAGGGUGAUGAAUAUGAAGUGGACAUGAAUCACAAAGACGGUAAACUGACUGAAGAGGAAGACAUUCGGACCGUAUGGGGAAGAAAGCGACUGCGGGAAGCUACACCAGAAAUUCACACUUCCUACAAGUGUGAUGCCAGUGUGACCAUCAUACCUAGGUACAGGUCAGUGUCUCGUGAAACUUCACCCAUGAAAAGUUAUGGAGCUUCUUUUGAUGAGCGAGAGUGUUUGUUGACUGAUCUUCCGUUUGAAGUUCUACAGAACAUUGCAAGGGGCCUGGAUGGUUACAGUCUACAGCAUCUCUCAAUGACAUGUAAGCUGUUUCAGAAUGUAUGCUGCAGUUUGCUGGAUCAAUGUGGCAUCGUGUCACUUGUCUGGGAGAAGAAUAGUGAAGGAAAGUGGGAUGUAGCCUACAAGAAAUGGCAGUUCAGUAGUGGCUUUACGUCAGUCCAGCAAUGGGACUUCACAGACAAGGGGUCUGCUCUCAGUGAACACUUGAAGACUUGUCCGUACAAUCAGGAUGAGCAUAAAAACAUCAAAACAGAUCCAUGGCUGACUGUAGACACAAGCGAUCUUCAAAAUUACCAUGCAGAAAAUGAUGAUGUAGGGACAAAGUACAGGAACAAGUGCCGAAAUCAGUGGUCACAGUAGCAGCAUCUUUUUGAGGAGCAUAAAUUCCCAAUGAGAGCUCCUACACAUGCUUGAAACAUCAUGUACGAAAACAUAAACAAGAAGAUAUUGGGUGUCUCAUACAGUAUUCUGAUGUUAAAAGUUUUUAAUCCUUAACAUCUCAAAUACGCAUUUUGAUGCAUUAAAAGAUCUUUAGAAAAUCAAACUAAAUUAGUCCUUUCUAAAUAUAUUCAAGUGUUAAAGGCUUCAUUUCCAACCCUUAGAUACUGAUGAGCAGCAAACAGCAUAAAACCUGAACAGACUGUGAGUUACUCACAAGCUGUUCUGGUUUUAUGCUGGUUGCACAUAGCCAUUUUCACUUUGCUUCUGAGUGCGAAAGGGUUAAUGUAAGUUUGAAAAAAAGGAACUUAAAUAUGUAAUUACGUUAACUUACAAUUUAUAUUUUUGAAAUGCUUCAGGUGCAAACAGAAGGAAAGAGUAAAAUAUUUAUGUGUUUAUGAUAUUGGAAGAAAACAAUCCCACAUGUUUGAAUGGGGUCCUUACAAUAUUUUGGGUGUUAUUAAAAUAAUGCUCUGUUGCUCCAUCAAAUAAGCAUAUGGUUCUAUUUUUAUGAACACUGUUGAUAUAUGGUCACAAAAUAUGUGUUGCUUAAAAAAGCCGAACCAGCCUUGUGAAUUUACAUAAACCCGUUUUAAAAACUGGCGUGUAUUAUACGAACACAUGAGGCUGGUGGUUUUAUCUGUACCUGUUUCAUAACAAUGUUUAUUUUUUCCCCAUUAUUUUCUGCGCUACAUUUCUACAACAAAUGAAUACAUUCUUCACAGUUCACUGUAAACCUGGCCCUUAAAGGGCUGAAUUUUGCUAAAUUCAAGGACUUUGUGCAGACUGCACAGGCUAAUAUGGACAACACUUCACACACAUGCUUAACCCUUUCAGUGCGGGAACCGAAUUUUGAAGGCCUUUGCAAACAGUUUGGAUCCAGAUGAGACGCCACAGAACGUGGCGUCUCAUCAGGAUCCAAACUGUUUGCUAUUCUAAUAAUAUUCUUUGAAAAAAUUCGAAGAAAAUGCUAAUUUUAGACAUUCAGCAGACGACAUUUUAGCAGACGACAAAUUUCCCAGCAUGCAAACGGUUAAACCCCUCUUUUCAAAGAGAACGUCUCAUAUUCUGAUAGACUUUAUAUUUAUUAUUUUCUGGACCCGUCCAGAGGGGCUUCCGAGGGAAGACUUUAUAUUUAUUUUCUGGACCCGUCCAGAGGGGCUUCCCGAGGGAAGACUUUAUAUUUAUUUUCUGGACCCGUCCAGAGGGGCUUCCCGAGGGAAGCAAUAAGAAGCAGCAUUCAGUACCCUGCUUAUUUACUAGACAUCUUUUCCUAUCUUUAUGUGUUCUAGUGGUUUCAGAUUCAAAAUUGUUUUUGCUAUGUGGUUGCCUGCACAUUUUUGUUCCCGUGACUUUGUUUUAAUCCGUACAAACUAUAUAGAAUGUAUUGAAUAUGAGCAACAUUAAUUGUUUGGUAAUUAUUAACGUUUGUUGACUUUGAUCUCAAUGUAUUGUUGAAACAAUAUUAUAGUUUAUUUAACAAAAAACGAAAAAAAAAAUGUGGUACCCGGAUUGUAAUGACUUUGAUUUGAACGUUUCAUAUUACAUAAAGCUAUGCAUUUUUGUUAUAGAUUUUUCUUUAAAGAGCUUGUAACAGAACUCGUGUGGUUGUGUGUUUUUAAUUUUGUAAAGCGUAAAUAAACUUUGUGUUAAUUUUCUGGGUUUUAAAAUGGUAACAUACUAUCUUUUAGAAACUACACUGUAUCUUGAACAUUAUUUUUUUACAUGAAUGUGUAUGUGUUUGUAAAUGUUUUACCGGUAUAAAAUUAUGUAUGUGUUUAAGUUGGUUUGAAAAUAAUUAUAUUAACAUUUUGUUAAUCUCUUUCAUUUGUUUGAGUUUUAGAUUAUACCAAAACUUGUUUUAAUAUGAUUUGUUUUGCAGCUUAUUAAUUGUAUGUUAAGGAGUGUUGAUGUUUAAAACUUAUACUUUCAGAGAAAAUAUCAACUUAGAUUCAGCAGGCUAACACAGAUGUAUACAUAUAUUAUUGUUUUGAAAAUGCUAGUAGGUUGGUCGAUGUGCCAAAUUGGUUUUAUGUUCUGAGUUUCUUGGUCCUAGGUUAUACAAUUUCUUGUAAAUGCAUGUGGAUGUUAUAAAAAGUUACAGGAAAUUUUAUUUAGAACAUGCAUGCAUAUAUUGCAGAGUAUAGGGACCUGUAGUAUGUGAUGAAACAUAUCUGUGAUUUAGAAUAAUAGGAACUUAACUUACACUUAAAUUUAGCCCUCUGUGGUAUUGGUAUGUAUUGUUUUCAAACUUUGUACUGUGUAACUUUUAUUUAUCCUCAGUUAUUUUUAUUGACAUAAUUUAUCCUAAACAGGCCUAUCAACCUUUUUGAAUAUUUGCUGAUAAGGGAUUGUGGCUUUCAGCAAACAAAAUACUGUACACUUGCCAGAUGGGUGAGUGCUGUAGAUCUUUAGCAUAAUCAAUUAUCAUUGUUCAACCUUUGUUUUAUUAAGAUAUUUGUGUGUACAUUUUUUUGGCAUAUAUUUUUUCUGCUUUUGAGCUUACUCCAGCACAUUGUGUUUGUGAGCUAUCGGUAUAGGGGACAUCUGGAUCAUCUAUAAACCAUCCACAUAGGAUUUUCACAUAAGAACGAGGUAUAAUUUUUUUGUGUUACGUGUUGAUCAAAUUAUACCUUCAAGUACUUUAUUUUAGUGCAAGUAUGACUGCAGCACAUGCAAUGUUCACAUUUCAAUUUUGAAAAUAACAUGGUUUAUGGGAGAUGACAUUGCUUUACACAUUUUCAAAAAUAAUUUGUUACAUGGUUUAAAUACCCCAGAAAUUAUUUACAAAAAAGCAUGAAAUACAAUUAACAUGAUAAUGGCUCAAACAGUAUUAGACACACAUUGAAAUAUUCUAAUUCCAGGCACAAUUUUUCAUUUCUCAAGAAAUAUAUUCCAAACAACAAAAAUUUGCAACAGUUCCUUUAAUGUUGGUACAUUAUACUCAGGUGAGCGUCUCGGUCCAUCAUGGUCCUCUAGUAAAUGUCAGGUAGUGUUUCAUAGCAUUUUCUUGUUAGUUGCAAUAUUUGGAGUCUUUCAUAUCACUACAUUAUUAUUGUUAAUUAUAGUUAACUUAUGUAUACAUGUAAUUUUAUAUUUAUCUUUCUAUGCAACAAUUGUCUACAUGUUUUGAUAACAUCUUUAACAUAAGUUUUCUUAAAAUAAACAGUUUUUCCAUAA